GCCGCCGCCGCCGCCGAGGAACACAAGGAGUUGGAGCAAGCGCAGCGUGGUGAUGGGCGGGAGUAGAGUCCCGCCGGAGAGGCUGGGCGGCCGCCGGUGACAGACCCUGCUUUGUCCGUGACGCCUCCUGCAUGCCCUGCUGCCCUGAGCUGUCCUGAGUUAGGUGCCAUUGUUUUCCGCUGCCACUAUGAACGAGGUGUCUGUUAUCAAAGAAGGCUGGCUCCACAAGCGUGGUGAAUACAUCAAGACCUGGAGGCCCCGAUACUUCCUCCUGAAGAGUGAUGGCUCCUUCAUUGGGUAUAAGGAGAGGCCAGAGACCUCUGACCAGUCCUUACCUCCCUUAAACAACUUCUCUGUUGCAGAAUGCCAGCUGAUGAAAAGGGAGAGGCCACGGCCCAACACUUUUGUCAUACGCUGCCUGCAGUGGACCACGGUCAUCGAGAGGACCUUCCAUGUUGACUCUCCAGAAGACAGGGAGGAGUGGAUGCAGGCCAUCCAGAUGGUGGCCAACAGCCUUAAGCAGCGGGGCCCAGGCGAGGACUCCAUGGAUUACAAGUGUGGGUCCCCUAGUGACUCUUCCGUGGCCGAGGAGAUGGAAGUGGCAGUCAGCAAGGCGCGGACUAAGGUGACCAUGAAUGACUUCGACUAUCUCAAACUCCUGGGCAAAGGCACUUUUGGCAAGGUCAUCCUGGUGCGGGAGAAAGCCACUGGCUGCUACUAUGCCAUGAAGAUCCUGCGGAAGGAGGUGAUCAUUGCCAAGGAUGAAGUUGCCCACACCGUCACCGAGAGCCGGGUCCUCCAGAACACCAGGCACCCAUUCCUCACUGCUCUGAAGUACGCCUUCCAAACCCAUGACCGUCUGUGCUUUGUGAUGGAGUACGCCAAUGGUGGGGAGCUCUUCUUCCACCUGUCCCGGGAGCGCGUCUUCACUGAAGACCGGGCCCGGUUUUACGGUGCAGAGAUUGUCUCAGCCCUUGAGUACUUGCACUCACGUGACGUGGUGUACCGUGACAUCAAGCUGGAAAACCUCCUGCUGGACAAAGAUGGCCACGUCAAGAUCACCGACUUUGGCCUGUGCAAAGAGGGCAUCAGCGAUGGGGCCACCAUGAAAACCUUCUGUGGGACCCCGGAGUACCUGGCGCCUGAGGUGCUGGAGGACAAUGACUACGGCCGAGCUGUGGACUGGUGGGGGCUGGGCGUGGUCAUGUACGAGAUGAUGUGCGGCCGCCUGCCCUUCUACAACCAAGACCACGAGCGCCUCUUCGAGCUCAUCCUCAUGGAGGAGAUCCGCUUCCCGCGCACGCUCAGCCCUGAGGCCAAGUCCCUGCUCGCUGGGCUGCUCAAGAAGGACCCCAAGCAAAGACUUGGUGGGGGGCCCAGUGACGCCAAGGAGGUGAUGGAGCACAGCUUCUUCCUGAGCAUCAACUGGCAAGACGUGGUACAGAAGAAGCUCCUGCCACCCUUCAAACCUCAGGUCACUUCUGAGAUUGACACCAGGUACUUCGAUGACGAGUUCACUGCCCAGUCCAUCACAAUCACACCUCCGGACCGCUAUGACAGCCUGGGCUCCCUAGAACUGGACCAUCGGACCCACUUCCCCCAGUUCUCCUACUCGGCCAGCAUCCGCGAGUGAGCAGGCCCCGCCGA